GAAGCGACCCUAACCUUGUGCUGUUCGUUUUACUGUACCCCAACGAAACGUUUUAUUUAGCAUAAGUUAAUACACAAUGAGCAAGUAUGUCUUGCCUGUUUCUGUCUUUGGAACUGUUAUUGGAUGUGCCGUCUUAGUGAAGAACCACGUGACUGGGGGCCGGUGUCCUAGCAAAGCCAAGCUAAAUGGGAAGACUGUAAUUAUCACAGGGGCCAACACAGGGAUCGGCAAAGAGACGGCACGGGAACUGGCCCAGAGAGGGGGUCGGAUCAUUAUGGGAUGUCGAGACAUGGAGAAGUGCGAGGCGGCCGCCAAAGAAAUCCGAGGUAACACGUUAAAUCCUCAUGUUUACGCCUGCCACCUUGACUUGGCCUCCAUGAAAUCCAUACGUGAGUUUGCCGAGAGGAUCAAAGAAAAGGAACAGCGGGUGGAUGUGCUAAUAAACAAUGCGGGGGUCAUGAGAUGUCCUGCCUGGAAAACAGAGGAUGGCUUUGACAUGCAGUUUGGAGUUAACCACUUAGGCCACUUCUUAUUGACCAAUCUCCUGCUGGAUCGGUUAAAAGAAUCCGCCCCCAGCAGAGUGAUCAACUUGGCCUCGCUCGCCCACCUUGUUGGAAAGAUGGACUUUGAGGACCUGAACUGGGAAAGCAGAAAGUUUGAUACCAAGCAAGCGUACUGUCAGAGCAAGCUUGCCAACGUUCUCUUCACCAGAGAGAUGGCCAAGCGUUUACAAGGCACAGGCGUGACCGUGAAUGCUGUGCACCCUGGCGUUGUUUCCACUGAGCUUGGCAGGCACACUGGUCUGCACCAAUCCCAAUUCUCCAACACCGUGCUCAGUCCCCUUUUCUCCCUGCUGGUGAAGAACCCCGAGCUGGGAGCCCAGCCCAGCAUCUACCUGGCCGUGGCCGAAGAGCUGGAGGGGGUGACGGGGCGCUACUACGACGUGUUGACAGAAAAGGAGCCAGCUCCCCAGGCCAUGGAUGAGGAGGCUGCUCGCAGGCUGUGGGAGAUCAGCAGCAAGCUGGUAGGUCUGAAGGAGGACCAAGGACAGUCCAGCAAUUCCUGCCACGCCGAUCUGCCAGCACUAAGUCAACAGACACAUGGACAAAACCCAGGACCAGUUGUUGGAACUGUGGAGUCGUAGCGCGUCUGUUCUACUGCCUCGG